GUGUGUGUGUGUGUGUGUGUGUGUGUGUGUGUGUGUGUGUGUGCGUGCGCGUUGUAUCUAAGUCCUGUGUGCAAUAAUGUUUUUCUGUCUGCUGAGGCUUACUUCUCCAGCCUAUUGUUUGAGACAACAGAUAUAAGUUGCGAUGGGAGAGGAGCGUCGGAUUUGGUGUGUAUCCCCCAUUUCCAAUUAUAGAUGGAUCAUUACAGACAGCAGAGUCCUGAGAAACCAGACAUCUGCUCCUCACAUGAAUGCACUCACCUCCUAGAGACCAGGCUGCCAUCAUGCUCUGGAAACUCGUGGAGAAUGUCAAGUACGAAGACAUCUAUGAGGACCGGCACGAUGGCGUCCCAAGCCAUAGCUCGAGACUCUCUCAGCUGGGCUCUGUGUCUCAAGGACCCUACUCGAGCGCCCCGCCGCUGUCCCACACGCCAUCAUCGGACUUCCAGCCACCCUACUUCCCGCCCCCCUACCAGCCGCUACCCUACCACCAAAGUCAAGACCCGUACUCCCACGUCAACGACCCCUACUCCCUGAACCCUCUGCAUCAGCCCCAGCAGCACCCGUGGGGGCAACGACAACGCCAAGAAGUGGGUUCAGAAGCCGGUUCUCUCCUGCCCCAGCCCCGGGCAGCCUUGCCCCAGCUCUCCGGCCUUGACCCCAGAAGGGACUACCACUCUGUCCGCCGGCCGGACGUGCUGCUGCAUUCCGCACAUCACGGCCUGGACGCCGGCAUGGGCGACAGCCUCUCAUUGCACGGCCUUGGGCAUCCCGGCAUGGAAGACGUGCAGUCAGUUGAAGAUGCCAAUAACAGCGGCAUGAACCUAUUGGACCAGUCAGUCAUUAAAAAAGUUCCUGUCCCUCCCAAAUCUGUGACUUCUCUAAUGAUGAAUAAAGAUGGCUUCUUGGGAGGAAUGUCAGUGAACACCGGCGAGGUAUUUUGCUCAGUCCCAGGCCGCUUAUCUCUACUCAGUUCAACUUCCAAGUACAAAGUUACUGUGGGCGAAGUUCAGAGAAGGCUCUCGCCCCCUGAAUGCCUCAAUGCGUCUCUCCUGGGCGGCGUCCUCAGAAGAGCCAAAUCGAAAAAUGGGGGGAGAUCCUUGAGAGAAAGGCUAGAAAAAAUCGGUUUGAAUUUACCCGCGGGCAGGCGCAAAGCAGCAAAUGUCACGUUACUCACCUCCCUGGUAGAAGGGGAAGCGGUUCACUUAGCUCGGGAUUUUGGGUAUAUUUGUGAAACAGAGUUCCCUGCUAAAGCCGUAUCCGAGUAUUUGAACAGACAGCACACGGACCCCAGUGAUCUGCACUCCAGAAAGAAUAUGCUGCUGGCCACCAAGCAACUUUGUAAAGAAUUUACGGAUCUGCUGGCUCAGGACCGGACACCGAUCGGAAACAGCCGGCCCAGCCCCAUCCUGGAGCCGGGCAUACAAAGCUGUCUCACGCACUUCAGUCUCAUCACGCACGGCUUCGGUGCCCCGGCCAUUUGCGCUGCGCUCACCGCCCUGCAGAACUAUCUCACCGAGGCUCUCAAAGGCAUGGACAAGAUGUUCUUGAACAACACCACUAACAGGCACACGUCUGGGGAAGGCCCAGCUUUACCCGCAUGGUUUAUGAGCUUCUUCAAAGAAGACUUGGGCUUCCUACACAAUCUAUAAGGGCAACGCGCCCCACGCGUGUGACAUCGAGAGACGCGAUGGAUGCGCCUUGCUCUUACUGUGCAGGUCCUGGGAACAUGUGGGCCACUGAAGCCCAGUGGUGUUGAGGACAUAGAAUCAGCAGCUGCUGGGGGCUCAAGCCGCACAGUCCCUUCUUGCUCUCGGCCUCACCCUAAGGGCUAAGGCAACUGAGAAAGGCUGGUUCCCGAGUAGGUAAAAGGGCGGCGCCCCACUGGCUGCUGGGGGGAGGGAUCCCAGAGCUCGGUCGGUAAAACCCCUUUGCCGCAAGCGGUCACUCCCGGCCGGCCCUACUCUUAGAGAGGCUGUAGUUUGGAAAAGUCCAAACACUUUGAAACUUCCAUGGAUUCUUUAUUGCCAGGAAGAAAACUGUCCCCACCCUUACUCUCCUGAAGUGUGGACAUGAAAUAAGAACUGUCAUUCUAGGGUAGGUAGGCUCCCUUAGACGCCCUGGUGUCCACCGGAGCAUCGCGAAGGUGCGGCUAGAUAGACCGGGUUUGAGCCCCCUCCCCCACCUCCGGUGUUGUCUUCUGUUUCUCUUUUUUUCUCUCGCCCUCUUUCACUUCGGACCUUCCGCCCCAUGCUGUCUUUAGCUAAGCCGGCUACAUUUAUCUGAUAAUUGAGUUAUUAAAAGAUUUGUUCUUUUUGGGGGGGUGUUUAAAUCAAUAAACAGUAGGAUUAACACAAGAGUUUGCCUUUUAAGUCAAGGAAAACGUGUAAGGCCAGACCCUUUGAGUUUUGUUUUCAAACCAAACAGGUGAGUUAUAGUCCCAUCUUCUCCCCUGCACUCUGUAGACGCCUUAUCUAGGCCCUCAACCCCUUCCCGCCACGCCCCCACUAAAUGCUGGGUUCCAAAACCAAGUAACUAAAGACUGAAGAGUAAGCCUGUAAGUACUGGAGUUCUCCCUAGGCUCUUCUAGCCCCUUCUUUUUGAAUGAAACAUUCUCCUACUUGUAUUCUGGGUCUCAUGGAGUUUGUUCCUAGUGAGGAUUCCCUCUCCAGAGACCUUUAACUUUUAACUUCCAGCCCAACUAGGAGGUAACUUACUUUUCUUCCUUUCCCCCGACUUACCUUGCAAGCUCCCACCUGUCUCUUACUCAUUCCCGCAACCCUAUCUACCUCUUCACCGUUAGCUUUCUCCAACCCUAUAUAAAGAGCUCAACGGGCUUUCAAAAAAAAUCCGACUUCUGUUGGCAUUGCCCAAGGAACUUUCUCUUAAGCAAUGAUUUCAUAUCCUAUGGAAGCUGGUCGAAUGGAAAACCCCAACACCCCAACUUUUCUACACACUUCCUUUAUGGUUACAAGAUCCAUCCCUAGUUAGUGUAUUGAUAGAAAAGUUGUCACCAUACCUGAUAUCCUGUGCGUGUAAUACAUUCUGUGGGAAGGAAAUGAUGACCUUAAACCAUCAGACACUGCCUCAAGAGUUCUGAGAAACAAGAGCUCCCCUCCUUUAGUGAUGUAUAUUAAAUUAUUGACAAAAGAAAAAAAAGUAUUGGAAUUUGUUUUCUUUAAAAAAAAAACGGAGUGAACACUAUUUCUUCUUUAAAUACAGACAUUGAUUCUCCUUUUGAGUUGGCCUCUAAUUCAGUAACAUUGUUUUUACCACCCAGUCAAGAGGUACCAACUGCCUCUUCCUGAGAGCACUCUGGAGGGUAUCCGUGUUAAGUUUGUAUAUAUUUAUUUAUGCUUAAUUUAAUGGGAAUGUGUAAAUAUUAUGAGCAAGUAGUUUGGGAUUAUUUAUCUGUGAAUCUAUACCUCUGUGAAUGGGUGGUUAAAAAAAAAAAAAAACAAAAAAACCACAAAAAAAAACGCUUGACCCUAGCUAGAAUCCUAUCCGAAUUUUUCUGUUCUUUAUAGACAAGCUGUUAUGGUAUUGGGUAGAAAUUGGUUUGUUGUCCAGUGUUAAUCUGAUUUACAUAAAUAAAAAGAUUGUUGUGUUCUUGUUGUGUUCUCCUCUUUAGUUCCUUAAACAAGGACAUUGUAUCAUUCUACAGACAGAAAAGAGAUAUAGCAAAAAGUUUUCUUCUUUUUGCACCCUCCCCUCACUGAAGUACAUACAGUGUUUUUGUUACAAAGAAAUACAAUAAAUUUUGCUUAUCAGAAAAAUGAACACUUUAGUUUCUAGUAGGAGGUGCUUUUUUUUUACUUUUAAAAUUUCAAAUGGAUACUAGUCCCAAUCAUAUUUGUAAUAAAAGUUCAUAUUAACUACA